GGUGGCUCCUCUGAUAAUAGACAAUGAAUGAAAGGGCAUUUUGGUCAUUUACAAACCAGAUCAUAGGCAUUGUGCUUGCGGUGUCUCUCUCUCUAUCUGUGUGACACUCUUCUUCUUCACUCUCUUCUCUGCAUGUUUUGUUGUGAAGAGACGUGAUCUUCUCUAAAACCCUAAUAACCAGAUUGAUUCUUCUCCUUUCGUUACUACUUUCCUCUACCUCUGCUUUUUAAACCCUAGAUUCCCUAAUCGCGGCGCUAAGCUUCGAUUAAAACCCUAAAAAUUCAUCUCUAUUGAAAAUGCUAUAUCUCACUGACAAGGCCUUGGUUGAUUCAGAAACCAUGAAAAGCAGAGCUGAAGAAUUUAUGGAACAGAACAAGAACAAGGCUUUUGCUGACUGUGGUACAAGCAAACCCCAUCAUUGGCGUUGGCGUGGAAUGCAAGGAAACAGGAUUCUUAAUAUCGAAGAUAUGAUACGAUCUGGAGUUGUAGCUCGUUUCGCUUACCUUCUUCACUAUGAAGACUACCCUCAGCUUCAAUGUGAAGCAGCUCGCGGUCUAGCAAUCUUUGCUGCUUAUAUACCGGAUGUGGUAGUUGAUCACAAUGUUGUUCCAAUCUUAGUCACGCUUGUUGCUUCUUCUAGAGAUUAUUAUGUCCGUCAACAGGCUAUAUGGGCACUGGGUACUGUUGCUUAUCAUCGAAGACACCGUGACUACGUUCUUAAAUGUGGGGCAUUGAGGCCACUGCUGAUUCAGCUGUACAAGGAUACUAACUUGUCGAUGCUCAGAAUUGCCACUUGGACUUUGUCUAACUUGUGUCAUGGCAUGCCUCCGCCUACCUUUGACGAGGUGAAACCUGCACUUGAAAUACAUCUUAAUUCUAGUGAUGAAGAAGUCUUGAGAUAUGUUUGCUGCGCAAUUGCGUUUCUGUGUGAUGGUUCAGAAGAUGGAAUCCAAAGUGUGAUUGAAGCUGGUUUUGUCCCAAAACUAGUUAAAAUUCUCCGACACCCUUCCAAGUAUGUACUUGGUCCUGUACUUCAUACAAUUGGGACUAUAGUUACUGGAAAUAAUCACCAGAGCCAAUCGGUUAUUGAUGCAAAUUUGAUUCCACCGUUGGUCAAUCUGGCUCAAAAUGCUGAAUUUGAGAUAAAGAAAGAAGCUGUAUGUGCAAUUUCAAAUGCCACCGUGGGUGGUUCUCCUAAUCAAAUCAAAUACUUGGUGGAGAAGGGUUGCACAAAACCUCUAUGUGAUCUCCUGGUAUGUCCAGAUGUAAUGAUCAUCUCAGUGUGUCUGGAUGGGUUGGAAAACAUUUUGAAGGCCAGAGAGGCGGAAAAGAACACAGGAGACGUGAACUAUUAUUGCCAACUGAUUGAAGAUGCGAAAGGAGUGGAAAAGAUUGAGAACCUGCUAAAACACGAAAGCAAUGAGAUCUAUGAUAAGGCUUUGAAGAUUCUGGAGACAUACUGGGAUGUAGAAGAAGAUGAUGAGGAGACACAACAACCUCCAAGGUGAUGAUGAUCUGGUCUUUCAGUUCCAGUUCCUGUUGGAGGAUUCAACUACAGUUUUGUUUUGUGAAGUUUUUGAGACUAUCAGAGAUGGAUUACACAUCGGUAUUCUUAACGUGUAUGAAACUUUUUGACUACUAUUCAUCUUUCCAAGUGGAUUAUAUAA